AUGGCCACCCCCACGCUGGUUGACCCGACCAAGCAAGCCGAGUAUCCCAUUGUCCUGGGUGAACGGCUGGCCGAUGCAGACCGAAGCCGAUUGAUCAAUGUGAACUACAAUUACAAGACCAAGCAUGCGACACCACAACAACGUUCGACCGUUACUCCCUCCGGCCGAUCGCGCGAUCUCUACGACCUUUCCGUCACCGAUAAGGCCCCGAGUGCCGAUCACACGUUGACGUACACCUACAAAGGGAGCGAGGACCCUGACAGCGAGCGCAACCUGGUCCUUGUCUUCGAUCCCGAUCGCAAGGCCUUUGUUCUGGAGCCUGUGGCCACCAAGCUCAACUUCAACCUCCGAUCGGCACCGGGGAAGACAGAGAAACAGGUCAUUGAGCAAUAUGAACAGCUCCGCAUAGUACAGGAGGAUGAACACACAUCAGGGGAUGAUCGCAACCCCGGGGGCAUCAGUGAGGAUGAGGGUCCUGCCGAUGACAGCAAUCCAUAUGACUUCCGACAUUUUCUUCCUAAGGAAGGUGCGGACGAUCUCAAGCCGGCAUCGGGACACAGCACCCCGGAGCCAGUCUACACCAGCAAGACAAAUACUCCUAUAAUCCCGGUGACAAAGCCUGCGCCAAAGCCUAUGCCCCGGCCAAGGAAGCAGGCAAACCCAUUCCGAGAGACGAAACGCCCGGCGCCGAAGCCGCAGGCUCGGCCAACUCCACCUAAACCGGCUCCAGAGCCGGUCAUCGAGCCCACUAACACAGAGCCUGACCCACAUGAUAACGAUGAUAGUCGGUCUGCAGUAUCAGACACUUCGCAACAUACUGUCCAGUCUACUGGUUCGAACAUCAUUGUCGAUGGCGAUUUGAUCAUUGAUAUGGGAUCGCCACGACCAUCCCGAACAUUGGUCAAUCCCGCCUUUUUCUCAAAUGACAACACCCCUGACGAAGACGGAGAGGAUGACAUUGAUAGCUUCAGGCUUCCAUCACCGGCACGGAAUACUCAACAUCCACCUCCAGCCCCGGCUGCCGAUGGAGACUUGGAGGAUGAGGAUGAUCUACUAGCACAGGAGAUGGAAGCUGCUUUUGAGGAGAGUGCCCGGGAAGAAGAGGCUCGCCGUCAGCAAUAUAGUCAGCAUGCUUCUGGACGAUACAACGUGGCCAGUGAUGACGAGAGCGAGGUUAGCGAAGAGGAGUAA